AAGGGAGGAGGAGCAGCAAGAGCCGCCGCAGCCGCCGCGGAGCCGCUCACCUGCCCCGCUCCGGCCCCGCCAUGGCCCGCCGGGUCGCUGCCGUCCUCCUGCUCCUCGCCCUCGGCUGCCUCCUGGGCAUCCUCCUACUCUGCCUCGGCUCGGGGGACACGCGGGGCCCGCCGGGCUUCAAGUAUGGCAUCGUGCUGGACGCCGGGUCCUCCCACACAGCCAUGUUCAUCUACAAGUGGCCUGCAGACAAGGAGAACGACACCGGGGUGGUCAGCGAGCACAGCAUGUGCGACGUGGAGGGUCCUGGCAUCUCCAGCUACAGCUCCAACCCUCUGGCUGCUGGGACAAGCUUGGUGCACUGCCUGAACCAAGCGCUGAGAGACGUGCCCAAGGAGAAGCACACGGGUACCCCACUCUACCUGGGCGCCACAGCUGGCAUGCGCCUGCUCAACAUUGCGAACCUGCAGGCUUCGGAUGCCGUCCUCAGCGCUGUGGUGGCCACGCUGAAGUCGUACCCCUUCGAUUUCCGGGGGGCAAAGAUCCUGUCGGGGGAAGAGGAAGGGGUCUUUGGCUGGGUCACUGCAAACUACCUCCUGGAGAACUUCAUCAAGCGCGGGUGGCUCGGGGAAUGGAUCCAGCCCCAGAAGAUGACCCUAGGGGCGAUGGACUUUGGUGGUGCUUCCACACAGAUCACCUUUGAAACCAGGUACACCAUCGAAGACCCCAGAAACGAGGUGAAGCUGCAGUUGUACGGCCAGGUGUACAAAGUGUACACCCACAGCUUCCUCUGCUACGGAAGGGACCAGGUCCUCAAGAGGCUACUCUCAAAGCUUCUCCAGGCUGAGAGCUACCAAGCAACCAUCCCUCAUCCCUGCUGGCCCACAGGCUACCACAAGAGCCUGUUGCUGAGCAGCAUCUAUGACAGCCCCUGCACGGAGAAGGAGAGGCCCAGCCUUGCCCUCAACACCACCAUUACUGUGGUUGGCACCGGGAAUGGGAGCCUCUGUUCCCUGCAUGUCAGCAAGCUCUUUGACUUCACCACCUGCUCCUUCUCCCGCUGCUCCUUCAAUGGCAUUUUCCAGCCAGAGGUUUCAGGAAACUUCAUCGCCUUCUCUGCCUUCUUCUACACAGUCGACUUCAUCCAGACAGUGAUGGGGAGACCCGUGCACUUCUCCAGCGACCUGAAGGAUGCUGCCAAGUCCAUCUGUGCCACCAGCUGGAGCGAGCUGCUCCAGAAAGCUCCCAAGCUGGAGAAAAGGCUGGCUGAUUACUGCACUGUCAGCACAUUCAUUUAUUUGCUCACCACCAAAGGCUACAACUUCAACAAUGAUUCCUUCCCCAACAUCACCUUCCAGAAAAAGGCAGGAGAAACCUCCAUCGGCUGGGCCCUGGGCUACAUGCUGAACCUCACCAACAUGAUCCCGGCAGAGAAGCCCUCUUCCCACAAAAGCAUGCUGUACAACUACUGGGUCAUCCUCAUCCUGCUCUUUGUGGUCGCCACCCUGACGUCUCUGGUGACUGCUGUCUGCCUGCUCCGGCGCAGCAAGUCCAGUGCAAUCUAACGGCAGGGGCAGGGUGGGCCUUGUCUGCAGGACCCAGCACCUUCCUUCCUGCUGGAGUCUCCAUGGCCUGAAGACUUGGGAUGCAGCAAGCGCUCAGAGAUGUCCUCCUCCAAUAUCUGAUGCUGCCUGUCCUAGAAGGAAAACUGUCCCUUUUUGCCCUCCCCUUGCUUUCAAGCUGCAGAAACAGGGAGACAGAAGAGGACUGCUGGCCCUGCAGGAGAAUGGCUUAAGGGUUUCCCAGUGUGACUCAGGGAUGGACCCUGGAUCAGGCUUGGGAUUUGGACAUUCAGACCUGCAACCAGACCUGGGCUGGACUGGACCAGUAAGUCCAGACAAAAGCAGGAUUUAUACUCAUGUGCAUGGGGUGGGUGGGGAGCAUUACUUAUGCUAGUCCUUAUAGCUGACCUCUCUAGCCUGUCCCUGGAGCAUCAGCCCUGCCUCAAAGGGACCCCACACUGUCUUUCUGGCUGAUGCACGAAGCUCCCUGACCUUCCUGAGGGCCACAUCUUGGCCUGGACUUCCACCAGCCUCAGCACAGGGGCUCUGUGUAGGGGCUUAGCAAAAACCAGAUGGGGGGGGGGGGCAGGCAGCUUCCCAAGUCCCACUUCAGCAAUGAGAUGCAGUGCUUUCCCCAUUCCUGGGGUUCCAAAGCCAGACUUGCCUUUGCCACAGCCAGAGCCUCCUCUGUCCCCCCAGCAAUGGCACAAAAAGCCCCCAUGGCUCCCUGGUGUGUGGCCAUGCCAGCGCAGAGGUGGUUGUCUCACUGCGGGAGUGGGGCUUUGUGCUGUUUUGGGGCUCGAGCCCUGCAUCACCCCAUGCUAGGCAGCUGGGAGGACAUGCCUUCAUUUCCAGUUGAGUAAGAACAGGGACAUGCAAACAUGCAGAAGGUUUGGUUUUGUUUGGGUGUUUGUUUUUUAUAACCAGAAAUACAUCUUUGUAACCACU